AUCAUGUUGUUAGCGUGUUAUUAUCAUGUUGUUAGCGUGUUAUUAUCAUGUUGUUAGCGUGUUAUUAUCAUGUUGUUAGCGUGUUAUUAUCAUGUUGUUAGCGUGUUAUUAUCAUGUUGUUAGCGUGUUAUUAUCAUGUUGUUAGCGUGUUAUUAUCAUGUUGUUAGCGUGUUAUUAUCAUGUUGUUAGCGUGUUAUUAUCAUGUUGUUAGCGUGUUAUUAUCAUGUUAGUGUGUUAUUAUCAUGUUGUUAGUGUGUUAUUAUCAUGUUGUUAGCGUGUUAUUAUCAUGUUGUUAGCGUGUUAUUAUCAUGUUGUUAGCGUGUUUUUAGCAUUCUGUUAGCGUGUGUGUUUCCUGUGUGUCCAGGUCGAGACCUCUGCAGCACCACCCUUCCCGGCUACCCCCCACACGUCCCCCCAACGGGCCAGGGCAGCUACUCUGCCUCCUCACUGACUGGUAUGGUACCUGGAGGAGAUUUCUCCGGGAGUCCCUAUUCCCACCCUCAGUAUUCCACAUACAACGAGUCCUGGAGAUUUCCAAACCCCAGCCUGUUAGUGUUCCAACAGGACUAUGGGUCUCUCCUGGGGACGGAGAUCGGAUGUUCCUCUGGGCUCUUCACCGCCAGCCAGACGGGACAGAUGCAAGGGUCGCCGUACUACUACAGCACGGCAUCGCGAGGGGCGGGACCGGCUGCCACGGCAACUGCCUCCGCCUACGACCGCCACUGACCCCGCCCAUCAACGAUGAAGAGGAGGAUGAGGAAGAGGAGGAAGAAAGGAGAGAUAGCACCAGCACUGUCCAAUACUAGCCUGCCUACUGACGGAGGAGAAACAGGAAGGAGGGAAGGAGAAAGGAGAGGAGGAGGAGGAAGUGGAUGAAGAGGAAGAUGAGGACGAGGAAGAGGAAGAUGAGGAGUAACAGAAAGGAGAGGAGGGGAGAGGAGGAGGAAGUGGAUGAAGAGGAAGAUGAG